UAUAAGGUGGGCGAUCAUGGAUGAGUUCUUCAUCCACUCACCAAUCUUUCGUUUGCUGGGAUGGUUUUCCUCAAUUCUUUUCUUGGGCCAGUCGCCCUUUCCGCUCUUUUUUCUUCAGCGCAAGCUUCAACUCACAUUCGUUCAGCGGCAGCGGGGCAUUUGCACCGUCGUCAAUCUAUCCCGACUGAUCUUCCCGGAAAUUGGACCUCUCUAGGAUGUUACACGGAUACCCAAGGCACGCGGACACUCUCCUUGUCUACAUACACCAGCACGGACAAUAUGACCGUCUCCAACUGCAUCAACUUUUGCGGCGACGGAGGGUUCAUCUAUGCGGGAGUCGAAUAUUCCCAAGAAUGCUAUUGCGGCAACAACAUAGAAUCCGGCGACACAAAUGCAACUGCAACUGAUUGUAACAUGGCAUGCACUGGCAACACGCUGCAACUUUGUGGUGGCCCAUCACGUCUAAACUUGUUCUGGAGCGGUGCAACACCUCCGCCCCCACCUACAAUCGUACCGUCUGUCGGAAACUGGACUUCUCUCGGGUGCUACAGCGACAAUGUUGAUGGACGUGCACUUACCGUCGGAAUGGAUGUUACGGACGUCACGAUCGAAACGUGUACCAGUGCCUGCUUCAGCUCCGGCUAUCAGUUCGCUGGGACUGAAUAUUCUGCUCAAUGCUUCUGUGGCUCGAGUAUUGUGAAUGGGGGCGCACCAACAGCGAGUGAUGAGUGCACGAUGACCUGUGCCGGAAAUAGUUCACAGUUUUGCGGUGGACCAAAUCGACUGAACGUUUACAACUAUACUGGAACCGACUUGCCCCCCAUUAACAACGGUGGCGGAAACGCUGGAGGAGGCCAGGCGGUAGCUGUUUUCCCCGUCCUCACAGGUCUGCCCGGCUCGUGGAGCUACAACGCUUGUUGGGUCGAUAAUGCCCAUGGCCGCAUCUUCGAAACUGAGAUUGGAGCGGAUGCGAACCUGACGGUCCAGUCCUGCAUUGCCUCCUGUAUCGACAGGAACUUCACUGUAGCGGGGAUGGAAUUUGGUCAAGAAUGCUACUGCGGGGAUCGACUCGUCAAUGGAGCGACGCUCGCUGCAGAAUCUGAUUGUAGCAUGAGCUGCACCGGAAACUCAACCGAGGCCUGUGGCGCAGGAAACCGGCUCUCAGUAUAUUCCACGACGGAGAACAUCACCGCACUUCCUGUCGCAGUUGCUUUGGUUGAUAAUCUCCCUGGACAAUGGACGUACCAGGGCUGCUACACUGAUGAAGUAGUCGGAACACGUACUCUGCCGUGGCAGAACAUAUGGUCCACGAACAACAGCGUCGAAGCUUGUCUGACUCAAUGCUCUGACUUUGGGUACACUGCGGCCGGACUUGAGUACGGCGACGAGUGCUACUGCGGAGAUAUCUCUGAUAUAGCCGCACAUGAUUCUGUUCAGGCAGAGGAGUCUGACUGCGCAACUCAAUGUCCGGGUGAUCCCCUCCAUCUUUGUGGCGGAGGUUUGCGCCUACAGCUGUACACUUGGAAUGGAACAAUGAACGUUUGGCACACGCCUGCAGUUACUGGCCGAUACGAAUUCUUUGUUCCCGGGGUCGUUGUACCUCUGAUUGCGACCGUAGGGGUUAAUAACAAGGUGACGUUCCUUGAGAAAGACGGUACUGGCUUCCCCAAUUCUACCGGUGCCUACGAACUUGACCUGAGCCUGGUGGACAACUUCGAUUUGGCUUGGCGUGAGAUGCAUGUGAAGACUGAUGUCUUCUGUUCGGGGAGUAUCAUUCUUCCGGAUAAAGGUGCACGGCAGAUCAAUGUCGGAGGCUGGUCGCUAGAAAGUACCUUUGGCGUCCGCCUGUACACACCCGAUGGCGUUCCUGGAACAAACUCGACAAAUGAUUGGGAAGAGAACUGGGAGGAGUUGAGUCUCCAGCGGGGCCGAUGGUAUCCGACAGCGAUGAUGAUGGCCAACGGAACUAUUCUGGUGAUUGGUGGCGAAACCGGAAGCAAUGCAUCCCCACAGCCCAAUCUCGAGUUGUUACCCAAACCAGAGGGCGGAGACACGGUCGUAGAACUCGAAUGGUUGCAGAGGACAGACCCGAACAAUUUGUAUCCCUUCAUGUUCGUCUUGCCUGGUGGUGGUAUCCUUGCUAUCUACUAUAACGAAGCUCGCAUUCUUGAUGCCGUUACGUUUGACACAACGAAGGAACUUCCGAACCUUCCUGCAUCCGUCGACGAUUUCUUGGGCGGCCGAACUUACCCUCUCGAGGGUUCCGCGGUGCUCUUCCCUCAAUAUGCUCCCUACACCGACCCUGUUCGCGUUUUGGUGUGCGGUGGUUCUUCUCCCGGUGCCGGUAUAGCUAUCGACAACUGUGUAUCCAUUGAACCCGAAGUUGACAACGCAACCUGGACUUUGGAGCGAAUGCCAUCCAAACGUGUCAUGAGCUGCAUGGCACCACUUCCCGAUGGCACUUUCCUCAUUCUAAACGGUGCUCAUCAAGGUGUAGCUGGCUUUGGACUCGCGACAGAUCCGAAUCUGGGAGCAGUUCUUUAUGAUCCUACUCAACCUGUCAAUCAGAGGAUGUCGAUCUUGAAUACGACGAUCGUCGCUAGAAUGUACCAUUCCGAAGCGAUUCUCCUUCCGGACGCACGUGUUCUAGUUUCUGGAUCCGAUCCGCAAGAUGGUGUUAACCCAGAAGAGUUUAGGAUUGAGAUAUACAUCCCGCCUUACCUCGAUAUGGGUUUCACCCAGCCCGAAUUUACCCUCGAAGAAACCGACUGGGCUUAUGGAGGAACAUACACUGUGUCCAACAUCACUCUUUUCCAAGGUGAAAUAUCGGAUGUCAGAAUUUCUCUCAUCGGCGCUGUUUCCAGCACCCACGGCAACACCAUGGGUAGUCGUACCAUUUUCCCUGCGAUCAGCUGUUCUGGAACGUCUUGCACCGUCACCGCACCGCCCAACGCCAACGUUUCUCCUCCGGGAUGGCAUCAGCUCUUCAUUCUCGACGGGCCAACGCCUUCACACUCCGUGUGGGUGCGCAUUGGCGGAGACCCAGCACAGCUCGGGAACUGGCCCCAACUUCCUGGCUUUACCACCCCCGGUGUUUAAUCCGAGUUGCUUUUUGUUUCGUAACGUUUUUUAUGGACUAUCUAGUAAAUCUCAAAAUUAUGGUCUGUCCCUGUUCGUCUUUAUUAGCUAUCUCUUUUCCGUCGGACACUGGUGCUAACCUGCUGGCGAUUAUAAUACGACGACGCUGUACACUGUAUAUGUAGCCUGUUGUAACGAAUCGUCACGGACAUAUACUUCUAGCCUUAUCUACCAUAAUGAAGGGUGCACAUCGGAUUGAUCUCUCAAAGUUACAUUCAAGCUACCGUUCGUGUUCUGAUUGGACAAAUCGUGAAAAACGGCCUCACCAAAGUUAUUGCGGCUGUAUAACCUUCCCGGUGUUGUGGUGAAAGAGUCUAUACUAUACCGAGCUGCGGUGAAGGGUUUUCCGU